UCGGUGGCUGCCACCUGUCGGCUGCCGCCGCCGCCGCCCCAGCGCGGCCAGCUGUGCGGGCAGUUCGUCGCUGUGGGUCUGUUGCGUUGGUCCGCCGCUGCGCAGUUCCAGAAUCUCACCGCGGAGCUAUGAAGGCUGCUGUCGUGGACACGGGUCGCUCUGCGCGACUACGAGCGGGUAUGAAGACUCCCCGCGCCCGGGCGGCGUCGGUCGACUGUGCCGAUCAGGUGCAGCUGUACCUGAACCGCCUGACCGCCCUGGUGCCCUCUGCGCCCAAACACCGGCGGCUCUCCAGGCUGGAGGUGAUUCAGUAUGUCAUCGACUACAUCUGUGACCUGGAGGACACCCUACUCGGCCGCCAGCUGCCGCGCCACAGCGAGCGAGAGGACACCGAAAAUGGUGACGACGCGAGCGAGCGCCCCAGGACGGCCGCCCACGCGAGGACGGCGCCGACCGCUCCGACCGAGGGUGACUCACAGGAGGAUAUGGACCGGUCUGGUCAGCCGCCGCCGCCGCCGCCAGCUGCUGGCUCGUAACCGCCCGCCGGACCGGAGGUGCGUCCGGCUGCCGGCCACCUGCGACCACUGCUCGCCCUCUGUGCGGCGGACCCGUCGAGCGAAACCGGCACCGGAUCGACGUGGGAGCCGAGCUGGGAGCGCGCCUGGUCCGCCGCCGAUCUGCGGGUCUGUCCCCCCGGGGACCGUUGGUGGGGUGGGGGGCGACCGGAGCCGCCCCCUCGGCGGGGACACCAGCUGUCCCAGCCAUCUGUCCCACAGCCGGACGGACGGACGGACGGGACAGAUGUGACAGACACACAGGCCGGGUGUGACAGAUGAACGAGCCGCUGCCGGCUGCUCGAACGGGUCGAUAUUACCCCGUGAUCGGCCCGCACCGUCCUCCUGAUAUUUUAUUUGACUGACGUACGUACACUGACGGAUCCAGAAAGGUGGUAUUGAACGCUGCGAGGGGCAUUUUCCCAAAAACAUAAGAUUUUAAAAUCUCCUCGGAUUUCGCUUUCUCGUGCAUUGCGGUGCAAUGUACAUAAUGAUAAUUGUUUCGUAUAAAUGUUCCCUCGUUUUCUUUCUCUGCAAGGAAAACGACACCCUUUUAUCAAUAGCUGACACUGCAGAAGGGACGAUUGCCCCUACAUAAUGCCUCCUCUACAUGGAUCCGUCAGUGUAACGCACUGAAUGUUUAGUGUUGAACCCCGUCGGAUAGACGGGUCGCAGAUAUCAUAAGUUAUCGUCAAACCUGUACCACCAUUCGUGACAAUGAUGGAGCCCCUAACUGGCAUUGUUAAAACCACAGAAUGGUCAUUAGUUUCGGCCACUCUGGCGUCCCAUCCCCAGUCCGUCAGCUGCGGCCACGGACCCAUCUGUGUGCCGACUGCAUUGUCCACCCAAUCCGGUGUGAGUGUCUGGCCAGUCGGAACGCUCUCUGACCGAGGGUGUCUCCCUCCCCGCUGAACACAUAGGAGUGUCGCGGCAGCAGCUGUGCACACUGUCCGCCCCUCCCCUCUCCGGUCUACCCUCCUCCCCGUGCAAACACCACAUCCGUGAGCCGACCGAUUCGCCGUCUGUCGCCCGUUCGAGCCGCGGCGCUAUCUUUUGUUGCGGGUGUUUGUAUAUUGUUAUCUGUAUCUGUGAUAUGAAUUAUAUAUAGCGUGUUUGUGUACGUGUCGUGCUCGUGUGUGACACUGUCUAGUAGCCGGAGUGGCCAAGUACAAAGUGUGACGUGACGUGUGUGCACGGUGGGUGACGGUGUCGUGACGGGCGCCGUCACGUGUCGAGAAAUACACAGCUGUUAGAAAUG